AUGCCCAGUGAUCUCGAUAAACAGAUAGAGCAGCUGACGCGGUGCGAGCCCAUCUCGGAGGAACAGGUCAAGCGGCUCUGUCUCAAGGCACGCGAGAUCCUCAUCGAGGAGGGGAACGUCCAGGUUGUGGACUCGCCUGUUACGAUCUGUGGAGACAUCCAUGGGCAAUUUUUCGAUCUAAUGGAGUUGUUCAAGAUGGGAGGCUUCUGUCCAGAGACGAACUAUCUUUUCAUGGGCGACUUCGUCGAUCGGGGGUUCUACAGCGUCGAGACCUUCCUCCUCCUGCUCGCGCUGAAGGUGCGGUACCCGGAGCGCAUCACGCUCAUCCGGGGGAACCACGAGUCGCGCCAGAUCACGCAGGUGUACGGGUUCUACGACGAGUGCCAGCGCAAGUACGGGAGCAGCAAUGUGUGGCGGUGGUGCUGCGAGGUGUUUGACUACCUUGCGCUCGGCGCGAUCGUGGAUGGGAGGGUGUUUUGCGUGCAUGGGGGCUUGAGCCCGAAUUUGGGGAGUAUUGAUCAGAUCCGUGCUAUCGACCGUAAACAGGAGGUACCCCACGACGGGCCAAUGUGCGACCUCCUAUGGUCUGAUCCUGAUGACAUCCAAGGCUGGGGCCUCUCGCCUCGCGGCGCCGGCUUUCUCUUUGGAGCCGACAUUACGAAAGCGUUCGCGCACAACAACGCGAUUGACCUCAUCGCGCGAGCCCAUCAGCUCGCCAUGGAGGGCUUCAAGCUCAUGUUUGAUCAGACGAUCGUCACCGUCUGGAGUGCCCCGAAUUACUGCUAUCGAUGUGGAAAUGUGGCUUCGAUUCUGGAACUCGACGAGCAUCUGGCGCAGGAAUACAAGGUUUUCUCGCAUGCGACCGUUGACGUAAAAUCAAUACCCGCGAAACGUCCUCCUGCGGACUACUUCCUGUGA